AUUCUGAUAUCCGAGGAAAGAAAACGGAGAAGAACACACAAGAGAGAGAAAGAAAGAGAAAAAGUUAGAGAGAGAGAGAGGGUUUCGUUACCGUUGUUUAGAUAAGAUAUUCUGAGUCAACUCGGACGAGUCUCUCAUCCUGUUUUCUUCUAUUCUUCCUCGUUUUAUCCGAACAAUUCGACGUUUAUUCUUCGAUUGUUCGGAUCUCGCAUUGUGGUGAUUUCGCAUCUUAAGCUCAAUGGCAUAGUGGAAACAUUUAUCUGAAUCUCUGAAUUUCUUGGAGAAAUCACGUGAUUUUUGUUCUUGCAAGUGGGCCUCCUGAUGGCCUCAAUGUAGCUGUCAGUUUCUAUCUCCAAUCUUGCUUUAGUCCUUCAAUUCCUUUACUCUGGGAACUUAAGUAAGAUUUUAUACUUUUUGUCUUCAUUAAUGAUCUUUGGGGAGCUAGAGAUUGGUUUCAUACAAGUUCCAUCGGCUCUGGAGUUUGGCAACUUCUUGGGAGGGAAGAAGCUUUAUUCCGCUGCCAUCUCUGUUCAUGUCUCGUAAAUCAGACAGCCCUGUUCAAACCCAGAUGGCUGUGGCUUUAUUCAGUAGUCCACUUGGUAGGGAAUACUUUGAGCAUAAGAACAUGGGAGAAAGACAAUCUACUGGAAGGAGAAGGGUUUUUGUGCAAACUGAAACCGGUUGUGUCUUGGGCAUGGAGUUGGAUCGUAGUGACAAUGCACAUACUGUGAAGAGGAGGCUGCAGAUUGCCCUUAAUGUCUCAACUGAAGAGAGCUCGCUAACUUUUGGGGAUGUUGUCUUGAAGAAUGACCUUAGGGCUGUUCGGAAUGAUACUGCCCUUUUUCUUACACGUAACCUUAUGCACAGAAGUUCAUCCACUCCAUGCCUGUCACCCACUGGACGGGAUAUGCAGCAAAGGGACAAGAGUGGUCCUAUUGAGAUAUUAGGGCUAUCAAGUAGCUCUGAUAUAAUGAAACAUAUGGUCAAGGACAUUGAGAAGGCAAUGAAGAUGGGGGUAGAUCCAAUUCCAGUUCAUGGUGGGCUCGGAGGUGCAUAUUAUUUUCUUAACAGAAGAGGUGAGAGUGUUGCAAUUGUGAAACCAACGGAUGAGGAGCCUUUUGCCCCAAAUAAUCCUAAAGGUUUUGUUGGUAAAGCUCUUGGACAACCAGGUUUGAAACGUUCAGUUCGGGUUGGGGAGACAGGCUUCAGGGAAGUUGCAGCUUAUCUUCUUGACUAUGGCCAUUUUGCAAAAGUUCCUCCAACUGCAUUAGUGAAGAUUACUCACUCAAUAUUCAAUGUCAAUGAUGGAGUCAAUGGGAAAAACAUCCAGAGGAAGAAGCUGGUUAGCAAGAUUGCAUCACUGCAGCAGUUCAUACCUCAUGAUUUUGAUGCAAGUGACUAUGGGACAUCUAGCUUCCCAGUUACUGCAGUGCAUCGUAUAGGGAUAUUAGACAUUAGGAUUCUUAACACAGAUAGGCAUGCUGGUAAUUUGUUGGUUAAAAAAGUUGGGGCUUUUGGUGAGGUGGAUUUAAUUCCUAUUGAUCAUGGGCUUUGCCUGCCAGAAGCUUUGGAAGACCCAUACUUUGAGUGGAUUCAUUGGGCUCAGGCUUCGAUUCCAUUUUCCGAGGAUGAGCUUUCUUACAUUGAAAAUCUGGAUGCUGCUCGUGAUUGUGAGAUGUUACAAAAGGAACUACCUAUGAUUCGGGAGGCUUGUUUGAGAGUCUUAGUACUCUGCACCAUUUUCCUCAAGGAGGCAGCUGCUAAUGGUCUGUGCCUUGCUGAAAUUGGUGAGAUGAUGACUAGGGAGUUCCGCAGCGGGGAGGAGGAACCCAGUGAACUGGAGGUUGUUUGUUUGGAAGCAAGGAAGAUGUUGGCAGAGAGGGAAGAACUAUCUCCCAGGACUGACUUGGGAGAUGAUGAAUUCCUCUUUGACAUAGACUGUGAUGUAGCUGGGUCAGAUUUUGCUCUGAAGACAACAAUGGAUGGUCCUCUUGCCAGAUCACCUUUUCAGCCUGGAUUUGGAAGCGGGCAUGGUCGCAAUCCACUUUCCAAAUUGGAUGAGAGCAUUGAGGAAGAGGAAGAAGAAGGUGAUGGAAAAUAUCCUGAGGGUUUCGUCACUUUUCCCCCUCAGGAAAAAGUCCCAACGGUUUCGAAACUUUCUAUGUCACUGAAAAACACCAUGUUAAGUGAGAAAAGCCAGAAACAUCAGAAUCAUUCUGGAGGAAUAGCAGAUAAUGGCUAUUAUGGGAAUACAUCAUCUGGUCAUAAGAGUGCCAAUGAGCAGCUUCUUGCAAGCACAAGCUUUGUAAAGCUGGCAGAUAUGACUGAAGAUGAAUGGAUAACGUUUCUGGAGAAGUUUCAAGAGCUGCUGUACCCAGCAUUUGCCAAGAGGAAAUUAAUAACCUUAGGUCAGAAGCAACGACUGAGGCUUGGUACCUCGUGCCAGUUUUGAAGUUGAGCAAUACUUUGAUAUGUGAUAGAGGGGACUAUAGAACGAAGAAUAAGGGUUUAGAGGUUACUGUUAGGAUAGUUCUAGUUUAUGAGCUUUGGAUGGGUGCUUUAGUUGAGAACGAGGAUUGGAAGAACUGUUGUAAAUAUGCUUGUAGGCCGAGUGAUAUUGGUUGUAGUUUGAUUUUAUGAUUUCAUUUUUCUUUCUGUUGGCUGGCUUGUCUGAUAAAUAACUUGUAGGAUAAAAUCGUGAAAUGAAACUUAUAUGUAUAUAAUGAAAGCUUUUGUUUCCUUUUUUUGUUU